AUGUAUCCGGGAGGCGACCAGUUUGAAUUCCAGGUCGGUAUGGAGAAGAGCGUCCGCGUCGCGGUCCGCGUCCGCCCGCUCUCGACCAAGGAGAAGGCGACCGCGCGGCCGAGCGUCGUGGCCGUCGCGCCCAAGGAGCACCAGGUGACGGUGCGCAAGAAGACGUAUACCUUCGACCGCGUCUUUGGCCAAUAUGCGUCGCAGAAGGACAUCUUCAAGGGCGUCGUACAGAGCGUGGUCGACGAAGCGCUCGCGGGCUUCAACUGCACGGUCUUCGCCUACGGCCAGACGGGCACGGGCAAGACGCACACGAUCCAGGGCAAGCUGAGCCCGCUCGACGAGAACGCGGGCAUCAUUCCGCGCAGCGUCAACUACAUUUUCGAGAAGCUCCAGGCCACCAAGUGCGAGUACUCGGUGCGCGUCUCGUUCCUCCAGCUCUACAACGAAGAGCUCAAGGACUUGCUGGGCGAGAACAAGAAGGACAAGCCGCUGCGACUCAUGGAAGACGCCAAGCGCGGUGGUGUCUACUGCCAAAACCUCGAGGAAGUCACGACGCUGACCGCGUCGCACGUCUUUGAGCUCCUCGAGAUCGGCUCCAAGAACCGCAUCAUGGCCGAGACGCUCCUCAACGACCAGUCCAGUCGAUCGCACUGCAUCUUUACGAUCCGCAUCCACAGCAAAGAGUCCAACAUCCCCGGCGAAGAGCUCAUUCGAAGCGGGACGCUCAACCUCGUCGACCUCGCCGGGUCCGAGUGCAUUGGCCGCUCCGGCGCGCGCAACGUCCGCGCGCGCGAGGCCGGCAACAUCAACCAGAGUCUCCUCACGCUCGGCCGCGUCAUCACCGCCCUCGUCGACAAGCACCCGCACGUGCCGUACCGUGACUCAAAGCUGACGCGGCUCCUGCAAGAGUCGCUGGGCGGCCGCGCGAUGACGACGAUCAUUGCGACCCUCGGCCCUGCUGGCGACUGCAUUGACGAGACCAUGAGCACGCUCGACUAUGCGCAUCGCGCCAAGAGCAUCAAGAACAAGCCGGAAGCCAACCAGCGCAUGACGAAACACGUCUUGAUCAAGGAGUACGGUGUCGAAAUCGACGCCCUCCGUAGCCAGCUCAUGGCCGCGCGGGCCAAGGACGGUAUCUUUCUGCCGCCGGCGCAGUACGCCGAGAUGCAAGACCGUCUCGCGUGGUUCUCGUCCAAGCUCGCAGAGCUCGAAGAUGAACUCGACAUCAAGACGACGCUGGUCGCUGAAGUCGAAGAAGCGCUCGAGUCGUCCAAAGCCGAAGUGACCGAGCUGGACGGAAAGCUCUCGGCUUCCCAGAUGGAGCUCAAAGCCACGACCGAGACCCUUGUCGCGACCGAAUUGCAGCUGCGAACAAACGAAGCGCAGCUCGAACGCACGCAAAGCAUGCUCCACGUAUCCGAAGCCAAUGUCGCCGAGCUCCAGCGGCAAGCUGCGAUCGCGACAGCCAUGCACAAGGACCGUCUGCGAGACAUUGCCGCGCUGCAGGACGCCGCGGGUCGAAAAGACGCGCUCUUGCAAGCCAACUAUGCGACGACGCAGGCGUACGCAGAGCGGGCGACGUCCCAGUGCAAAGCUCUAAGAACCGCCGUCGACGCGUUCAAGACGGAGCAAACGGACCAGAUGACGGCGCUCACGAGUCACAUGCGCAGUGUCGCGACCACAUACAACGACGCGCUGGACGACGUGGGCCACCGGUUCGCAUCGGUGCAGAAAGACCUCGCGGCGCUUGUCACUGGGAUGCUCGCCAAGGUCGAGGUCGGCCACGAGCGCGUGCACGCCGACCAGAUGGACCAGAAGGCACUGAGUCAGCAGCAGGCAGCCGCUUGGGUCGCCGCAAUCGACAAGCUCUCGCCGCUCACCGAGAGCCUCACAUCGCGCCUCGAAGCCCUCACGCGCGCCAGCGCGUCGUCGGCGGCCGCGGUCGUCGACAGCGUCCAGCGCGAGUGCGACGCGAUGCGCGUGGGUAUGGACGGCUACAUGGCGCGUCUCGAGAGCAUGCUGGAGGCGACGCAAGCCCACCUCACGGCCGCGCUCCAGGACGAAGUGCAAACGCGCGCACGCGACACGCAGAGCGCCGUGGCAUCGCUGACGACGACUAAGGAGACCAUGCGCGACCAAGUCGAGGCGCUCCAGGCGUCGCUCAAGGCGCAGCUCGACACGUGCCUCUCGUCUAUGCUGCAGUCGCUCUCGGACACGUCCUCUACGCUGGAAGAGCAGUCCUCGGCCUCGGACGAGCGUACGGUUCUGCGUGUUUUUGUGUUAUGA